AUGAGAAUUUCACUUUGCUUCUAAGAGGAAACGAAGGAGGACAAUGACGGAAACUGUCUAACCUCAAUAAUCACCAGAACCGUCAUCCGUCAAUUGAAUUUGUGUGGACUUUUAUUCGCUGCUUUCUCGCUUACUUUUCGACUGUUCUUGCUUCAGUUCUUAUCGAGUCCAUUCUGGGGCAAAGCGCCAAUCGUUUCGACGGAGAAGCACCGAAAGCCCCACCAUUACGCCCGCUCGCUUAAAAGAAAAGAGAACCUCGACAGUUCAACAACUUUUUCCGUCGCAACAUCGUCCUCAGCAACCACUGGAGUCUGUUUGUAUUCCAAGCAAAAUCGUACCAGAACAAUGGGUCAACCAUCCUCCGAGGCGUCGAACGCCAUCAUCUAUACUACAUUGGGAGUUUUCCUGAUCAUGGGAACCGGUGUUGCCUGGACGAUGAGAAACCAAUCCAAGGGGGAUUUCCUCGCCGGAAACAGGACUCAGACGGCUAUUCCGCUCGCUUUGAACUUCAUCGCUUCCGGUGAGUGAAAGCACACAACGCGACAAGGAGGCACUCAACAUCGACAAUUGAGGCCUCUACUGCAACAUGAAGAUCAGAGCGGUAGCAACGCACCGAACAGAGCAUUUCGAAAACAACGAGAAAUGGACCAGACAUGUGGUUUCGAAACUCCACUUUCACGAUAACAUCAACAACAACAAUAAGGGCCUGAACUGAGCAAAGCAUCGCCGGCGAUGACAUAGGUAUAAGUUGAGCAGACUGACAGCAUAGGUUCGUUCGCACCCAAUCUCCAACCUAUCUUCCAUCUUCCGAGGUUGUACCCGCGCGUCUUCGUUUUGGCACCUUCUCUCGAGGUGGUGUCAGGAAGGAUACCAUGGAUAUUACUCAAGGUUAGAUGAGAGGUUGCGGCUCACUACGGGCGCCGAGUCAAAAGCUUGCUCGCCUGGAUCCAACCUCCUGCUCUUUCAUCCUCGUCUUACACAAAAGCCUCCUAGGGGAAUAUGGUAUUUCCGAGGAUAGAGAGGAUGAACACAGAGGAGAUCUGGCGACUUGCUGGACGACGAAGCUGAGAUUGUACCGUGAUUACUCGAUCAAGUUAAUGCUUGCGUGAGAAACGUGCUGCCGCUCCGAUCUAUUCCCCCCCUCCCUACUCCCCCUUCCUCUCUCCCCUUUACUCUUGUGGGUUGGAAAAACUAACCUGCGUAGCUCUCGGUUCUGGAAUCCUUUUCACUUAUCCAGAAAUCGCCACGUUGGCUGGUCUUCAGGGCGUCCUUGUCUAUGCUUUGGCUUCCGCACUCCCGCUGUUCGUCUUCGCCUUACUGGGCCCUAUCAUCAGACGCAAAUGCCCUGAGGGUUUCGUCCUCACGGAGUGGACCAGACAGCGCUAUGGAACCAUCGCGGCCUUGUACCUGAGCUUUGUGACGCUGGUUACGCUUUUCCUGUACAUGGUUGCUGAACUGUCCGGUAUUGGUCAGGUUGUUGAAGUCUUGACUGGUCUUAACGGAUUGCCGGUCCUCAUCGUCGAGUGUGUAAUCACGACCAUCUAUACCUCAUUGGGCGGGUUUCGAAUCUCUUUCAUUACAGACAACAUUCAGGGAGCGAUGGUGAUCGGACUCCUCGUCGUCGCAUCCAUUGCUAUCGGCGUCGAGACCAAGAUCGAUACCAGCCUGAUCGAGCCCUCUGGUCUUUUGAAGGAUAGUCUCUUGGGCUGGCAGCUUCUCUACAUCCUCCCGGUUGCCAUUUUGACGAACGACUUCUUCUUGUCCAGCUUCUGGCUCCGCACCUUUGCCUCCAAGACCGACCGUGAUCUCUGGAUCGGCAUCACCCUUGCUGCCCUUUUUAUCCUCAUUAUUAUCACCAUGAUAGGCUGCACCGGACUUAUCGCCGCCUGGUCCGGCGUCUGGCCCGGCUCGGACCCGGAAAACCCCCUCCCGGGUUCCGUUGCCUUCUUUGGCCUGCUUGAGAAUCUUCCUGCCUGGGUCGUCGGCUUCGUCCUCGUCAUGUCUGUCACCCUCAGCACCGCCGCCUUUGAUUCGCUCCAGUCCGCCAUGGUCUCGUCCGCCAGCAACGAUUUGUUCCGCAACAAGCUCAGCGUGUGGUGGAUCCGCGUCGCCGUAGUUUUGAUCAUCAUCCCCAUCGUGGUCCUUGCCAUCAAGGCGCCCUCGAUUCUGCAGAUCUACCUGAUUUCCGAUCUCGUCUCUGCCGCCACCAUUCCCGUGCUGAUCGUUGGCUUGUCCGACCGGUGCUACUGGUGGCGCGGCUUUGAGGUGGUCGUCGGCGGGUUGGGCGGUAUCUUCACCGUCUUCAUCUUCGGCGCGAUCUACUACAACGACGCAUACAAGGGCGCUCAGCUGAUACUACUCGAAGACGGCAUCUAUCAGGAGGGCUGGGCCGCGUUCGGUGCCUUCGUGGCUGCCCCUGUCGGCGGUCUUUUGUGGGGCUUUGGAGCCCUUGCGCUCAGGCUGGCGGUGCAAUGGGUCCAGGCCAAGAGAAAGGGUGUGAGGUUCGACGCCCUUGACCGUCCAGUUGUGGUAGAGAGUGACAGCGAGGCGAUCCAGUAUGUUGCUGGCGGAGACUUGGAGACGAUAUUGAGCAAUGGACAGGAGUCUGGGGCUGGAAAGGUUCCUGGCAAGUUCUUUUGAGCGGUGUCUGUAUGCUUUGUACCCUAUUCUUAUCAUCACGGCGCAAUGGCCCUGGAGAUGCAUGGACGGCAUGCUUACAAUGACCACCCAGUCAUCCCUUAUCGGGGUGAACGGCGCAAAUGGCUAACGACAAAAAGGGGGCUGGGACAGUUGAGGUAAGGGGGGCUCAAGCUGUGGAGGUUGGAGGUUGAAGGAUUAGUGCGAGGUAUUGGCGAUGGAUAAUAUGGGGGUCGAGUUUUGGGUGAGCUUCAGUUUCGAUUCUCUUUGUCGUCACACGACGACGACUGCAUCACGGAAGCAAUCAUAAUAGAUGCUGUUACUACACUCAUUGAAUCAAAUCGACACAUUCGCUCACCACCAUUUGUUUCAAAGAUUUCCUAUCUUGAAAUAGGACGUACUAUUUCCAG